AUGAAGUAUACAAAACCCAAGAGUGUACGAUGGUCCACUGUGACUGUGUACGAGUUUGGCGUGACGUUGGGCGGUAGUGCCGUGCCUCGUCGAGGAGGUCCAUCCAUUGGCCUUGCACGUAAACCACAGCAUGUGUGGAGUACGACGCUGGAAAAGGUGCGACGCUGUGGAGACUUGGCGCUUACACGGCCGGACGUUAAUGCUGACGACGCUGAGCAAAAGGAGAGUGUGGACGGCAUGGAACGACGCAAACAUCGGGUACAUCGAGCCAGGAGAGUGCGCUGGCUCAAACCACUGGAACGUAUUACGAUGCUGACCAAGGCUGGCUGCAGUGAGGAGCGCAUCUAUCGCAUGAUGAUGGAGAGCUCGGACAUUGCCAUGUCCCGGAGGUUGUGUGUCUCGCUGCAACGUCAGGUGGCUGCGUGA